AUGGAGGUUCCUGUACACGAGCUGGGCCACGGGACUCCAUUCCGAAGCAGAAAACUGAAUAGUUUUUUUAACAAGGUGUUCUGCUUUAUUUCAUGGAGUAACGGGGUGCAUUACCAUACCAGUCAUCGUAUGCAUCAUCUGUAUACCUGUAAUCAGGGAAUUGAUUACGAGAUCGUACUGACUCCGAUGAAAAAGAACUCCGUCUGGGUAUUCUACCGGUUUAUCUUUGAUUUAGAAAAAUUUAUUCAUCGAAUGAAGCCAAAUAUAAUGCACGUUUUUGGUUCUACUAAAGCUGAUUUUUUCCACUGGAAUGAAUUGUUUUCCCGGGAUGAUCCCCGUCGGGAAAAAAUGAUUCUCUGGUCCCGGCUGACCUGUCUGGGUCACGGUCUUCUGAUCGCUGCGUUUAUUUAUACACAGCAGUAUAUUCUGAUUUUAAUCGUCAAUUUCCCGACGUUUUUUGCCACCUGGCUGAUGCAUGGAUGCGGAAUGUUGCAACACGAGGGUUUAAACCCGAAAGCACAGGACUGGCGCGAAAAUACAUACAGUUUCAGAACCGGUCCCCUCAUUGGCUAUCUGUACUGGCAGAUGCAGUAUCACCUCGAACAUCAUACGUAUGCGGCCGUACCAUUUUAUAACCUGAAGAAACUGCACAGACUGAUGGCUCCUCAUGCGCCAGCUCCGCUACGCGGUUAUUUUUCGGGCUUGAUGCAUCUGUAUAAAAUCAUGCUGAGGCAGAAUAAGGAUCCUUCUUACUAUUAUAUCCCUGAGUUACCAGCUCUUGAAAGGACUUGA